AUGAUCCAGCUAAGCCUGGACGGCAAGCGGCUGUACGUCACCAACUCCCUCCUGUCACCCUGGGACCGCCAGUUCUACCCGGACCUGGUGGCCAAGGGCAGCCAGCUGGUGCGCGUGGACGUGGCGGAAGACGGCAGCCUGGAGAUCAACAAGGACUUCAUCGUGGACUACGGGGCGGAGCCCGAUGGCCCGGUGCUGGCACACGAGGCCAGGUACCCAGGUGAGCAGGACAGCUAA